AGUUUCACGGGUAGACGGGUAGAGAAUAUUUAUCGCUGCGCAUUUGGAAACACGCGCUUGGGCACUUGGUAUGCGCUUUUUCAAUCGCUGUAGUCUACAAAUAGUCUGCAUGGAUUGGUUCUAUCAAUUUUUUUGGUUUCACAUUUCGAUUGUUGUAUAGUUUUUUUUCAAAUAAGUCUAUUAUCGACUUUUUUAAAAAAGCAGCAUUUCGGGCAACCAUGAGUAAAUCAGGAACAUUAAAAAUAAAGAAUUUGUUUCAUAAAACAAAGUCACUGGAUAAAGAAAACAAGGACGGGAAAAAGCACACAUUUAAAGAUGCAACUUCAUAUGGAGAUGGAGAGCUUGCGAGCCCAGGCCCGAGUUUACCGUCGAGUCCCGGACUUGUCAGUCCCGUCAGCCCCCUGGAUGGGACGCUGCAUAGGAGUCCAGCAAGUGAGAAGAAAAAUAAGAAGAAGCGGUUCUUGUCCUUGCAGCUCAAGAAGAAAGGCUCAAAGGAGGAAGGGCGCAUCGACGACCCACUGUUCUAUAACGGUGCUGACGGGCUCCACAGCUUCAGCAGUAACAUGAGUUUUGACCAACUGAGCGUGAAAACAGAAUACAGCACCACGACUGACAGGGAUGCUACCUCCAUGAUCAGCUAUGACAUGUCAGCCUUCAACAGCCUCAGUCCCAACAAGUCCAGAAAUAAGAGCUCAGACAGAGUGUUGAACCGCAUCGGCAGUUUUUUUUCCAUAAAGAAGAAGAAGAGCCGGAGCGGUUCACUUUCAGCAGACUCAGAGGAUGGAUCCUGGCUUGGUCCUGGCUCUCCCGUCUCCCCCCAGUCCCCUGGUUCUCCCGUCUCCCCCCAUUCCCCUGGUUCUCCCGUCUCCCCCCAGUCCCCUGGUUCUCCUCUCUCUCCCCACCAACCUCCACAGGAAGACUGGCAAAGGACCCCCACCACCACCCGGAGAGAGGGGGAGGUAGUGGAAGCCGGAGCUGGGCCAGUGCAGGGAAGUUUGUCAGAGCUCCAGGAGGAGGGAUCGAUGUUCAGUACCAGCUCCAGCCCUGGUACCUCCAGCCUAGCCUCUCUGGUGGUGGUGGACAGAGGGGACCUUUUGUUUGCAGGCAGCGACAGCAGCGGUCGUGGCAGCGUGAGGGAGGUGCAGGUGUGCAGGGCGAGCCGGGCCGAGGCAGAGGCAGACGGAGAGGCAGACAGGAAUUCUUGGAAUCUGACUCCCACGAACUCGUCCUCCUCCGGAGCAGACCAAGUCCCAGGGCUCAGCCCCACUGAGGAUGUAGUGGGAGAGGCGAGCAGGAGGCUACAGGUACAUCUGGAACAAACCACUGUGAAAGACAGAGAUGGGUCUGGAGGGGGCAGCCCAGUGGUCCAAAACACCCUCAGGUCGUUUGACCUCUCCCAAUCUCACCUUAAGGCUGACUUCACCUCUCUGGUCACAGAGUCUAAAAAGACCUCCCUGAAAACAUCUGUUGGAGGGAAGGGGAGUUACCUGGUGGGAGUGACUGUAGGCUCUCAGUCACACACCCCGUCCUCCUCAGAUCCCCAGCCAGAGGGGGAGGAGGGGAAGGACAGCCCAGCCAUGGGGAAGAAAAACAGGAGGAGGGCUCUGAAAUCCAUCAGCAGCAGCACGCCUGAAACAGCUCCCCCCACACAGACCACGUUACAUGGGGGAGAGGAGGGGACGACGCAGGACUCACCAGUGAAGCUACACAAAGCCUUGUGGGUGGAAACACACCUGGGAGAAGAGGAGGGGGAGAGGAAGGGGAAGAGGAAGAGUUUAAAUUUGCAUUCAGUCCUGGCCAUACCUAUGACUGUGGCCCCUGUGGAGUACCCUGAUACUGCAGGUGUCCUGGCCACUCUAACUCCUUCAGCAGUAUCAGCAGCAGAGGCCAGUGGCAGAGAGCCAAAGCCAAAGCUGGCUGUAUCUACAGCACCAGCCUCCAAGGAGUCCAAAACAACAAACAAAGCCCAGCCAAGGGCGAACAGUCCAGGCACAGACUCAGAGAGCAGCACCCCUCUAGAGUACCAGAUGGCCCUGAGCAAAGAGGAAAAGCACAGGAGUGUGAAACUGUCCCGCAGUGAGAAGAUUUUCCCUAAGAAGGUGUAUGUGAGCCCUGAGCCCAGUUUUGACGGGGACGAGCAGACAAAAACAGAGCUAGAAAAUAAUGACAUCGCAGACUUGGCUUCAAAGAUUCCUCAGAAGUCUGAGGUGAAACUCUCGCCAAGCCCCCAAAAAGUUUAUGUAGACCUCAAGGAACCAAACAAUGACUGUAUCAUCACUGCUGGGGAGAUAACCAAGGGUACAGACUCUGAUCAAAGACACCAUGACCCCAUGGCUGUAGACAGUUCCCCAACGUCCCCAACCCCAGAGCUGGAUGAGGCCUCUCCAACCACAACUAUGCCAGGACGUAAAACACAGCCCAACACAGGAGGUUCAAGGGUUAGAUGUCAGGGGACGACCCAGGUCACCCCGUCUAAACCAGGUGACAAAGUCGGUAAUGUAGCCAGUCGGUCAAAGUGCCCCCCUCCUCCGGUUGGACCCAAGUCCAAAGCUGUCCUGGGCAUGGCUAAGGGAAAGGGUCUGAAAGAUGGUGGAAAGGCAGGGAUUUCUAGUGGGGCUCCAUCACAAAGGACACCUAAAGAUGGCAGUGAAAAAACAAAGGUUAUGUCACCUACAUUAAAAGAUCAACCCACCGCAGGAAAAACAGAGGUCACCGACAGCCCCAAGUCAAAAAUUCCCAAAAAGUCACAGACAGAAGCUGUAUCAAAACCUCCACUGUCACCAGGCACAACCUCAGUGGUUGAUGUUUCAGUGGCUGUGUCUCUACCUGUGCUUGGUUCCAAACCCCAGAAGACCCCUAAACCUAAACAUUUAAUGAUUAAAACAGACAAAAAGCCUAUCACCGAGGAGGUGAAUGAAGUGGGUUCAGGGGGGAAACCAACUCCAGGGCCUGUUACGUCAGAAGAGGCAUCACCUACUAAAGUACCAGUCAUGUCACCUGUGAACUCAGAUAAGGUAAACCUAUCCAAUGGGAUGGAAAAAGACCCUGAGGACAACAACACUGACAUAGCCAAAACAAGUGAACCCAAAGAUGUCAAAAAGCAGGCUCCCACACGCCCAGACAGCACCAACAGCAGCAUGAUACCAAAGAGCCGGUUACCCAAAGCCCCUGACAACUCUUUGUCUCUGGUCAGAAAGAUGAAAGACGGCAAACUCCAAACCAUCGACACAGGGAGUAAAACUACCAAGACCACUGAGAGAGCAUCAGUUGUCAAUAGUAGGCCUUCCACACCAACCAGCCCAAAGCAGCAGGAGCUUCCCAGCCCAGAGGAAAUGCCCCCAGAUGAGACAAUGACCACUGAACCUGAGAAGGGAAGCAAGCUGCCCUGCCCUUUGCAAACAAACCUGCCCCAACAGGCCUCCAAUAAGAGCACCCCCCGUGAUGAUGGGGACACACCCACCCCUCCCUCACUGUUACCAACCAAGCAAGAGAAACCCGCCUCCCUUGGACUUAAGAAGCAGAGUAACAUCACAUCUCCCACCAUGGACAUGACUGCUGAUGAUUCUGGGAAGGCUUCACCACUGAGUUUGAAAAGUCCAGUGAAAGAUCCAAGUGAUUCUGUGACUGUGGCUAGCAAGCGUGCAAUGUUCCGUCAGGUAACUCCCCCUAAAGGCAAGCCCAGCAAGCCCCUCAAGAAAUAUGAGCAAACUAUGAACUCUGACCACAACUAUGUGGAAGCCUUAACCAAUACACCACUGCAGCAGAUGGGUCCUGUAAACCCAGGUGUAGUCCUGGAGAAACGCCCAACUGAACCAAGCCUCAUUGUGUCUGCCUCAAGCACACCUACCCAUGAGGAAGUAAUAUAUACAUCAACCAAGCCUGAAUUGACUGACUACAUUCAUACUGACACUGAGAACCAAGCUAAUCAGAAAAGUGAUGAGUACAAUGAAAAUACUUCUACAGCUUCAGAGAAGCUCAUACUUAGUGCUGGGGAAGGGAUAUCCAAUACGAAUCAGCCUGUGGAACAUGGCCUGGAUGUAGCAAAGGAUAGCUCACCCAAAAACGCCUCCACUGUGGUUGAAAGAAGAGAGAGUCAAGAUACGGCAACACAGUCACCUUUCUUUGGCUCAGAGGAAAAAUCUAAGAAACUAGCUAAUGCUCAAACCCCCGAUAUAGUACCUAUUCGUAAUGGAAAAGUUUCUGAUAUAUCCAUAGUGUCUGGGAAAGAGACUGAAGUACAGAAGGGGGGAGAGCCAGUGAAGGUCUCCGACAUCAUAACAGAGCCUGCGAUUGUUCUGAAACCAAUUAAAAAUGGUGAGGUCCAACUGAACAAAGAGCUUCCUUCACUGACACAGAAUUUGGCGGAUGCACAUAGCGGGCCACACAAAGAAAACAAAGAGGACAAACUGGGUGAGGCGGCAACUAAGAGCACAGUUACUAAGAUGGAUGCAAAACAGGAAUCAAAGACCAUAACUAUAAAAGAUCAGAAGGAGAAAGUGGCAAAACAAGAAGAAAGACCCAGCGAAGGAGCGACUAAGAUAUUAGACACAAAACAGGACUCAAUAUCCAUAAGAACAAAAGCUCAGGAGAAGGUCUUGCUCCUCAAAGAACCCCCUAAAACGACAAAAGCAAACCCCAAGGCUGAGCUGCCUCCUCAGCUGCCAACUUCUCUGAAGCUCCCCUCUCCCCCUAAACCUCUCCCUCUGAAACAGGAAUCUCCGUCCAGCUGGCUGAACGUGGAGCGCGGCUCAAAACAGGAGCAGAAGAGGGAGACCAAGAGAAGGCUGGACUGUUCAGUCAGCGAGGAUGAGAGUCUGGCUGAGAUUGACAAUGUGGAUGACUUCAUCAGGAGCAUUAAGGAACUGGGCACCCCCUUUCCCCUGCCCCCCAAGAGGCACCACGACCAUGCCAAGACCUCCUCGCCCCCCUUUGCCCUGCCCGCCAUCAAGGAGGACCGCUUCGAGAACCCUUUUGACGCUGAUGGCUUCCAGUUUGGCCUGAAAAAGAGGACAAAGGAUGAAGAAACCCCGGCCAUGUUGAUAAAGAAACAGGCCAGGGAGGAGAAGACACAGCCAAGAAGGGCUAAUGCAGAGGACAGCCUUCUAUUCAAAGCCCUCCAGUCUCCAUCUAGAGCCCGAAGAAAACCAGGGUGUCAAACAGAUGGGAAAGAUGGAGAGGUGAAAAUUAAGGUAGAGGCGAAAAUUAAGGUAGAGGCGAAGAGGGAAGUAGAGGAGAAAGUGGAGCAAGGGGAAGAAACCGGUCAGCUCACGUCACGGCUAGGAAGGAUGUCCCUACUCUCCAACCUAUUGAGCUCCCCCAGGACUUCCAGAAGGAACAAAGGGGAUCCUUCCUCCUCAGUCUCUAAUGGUGCUCCUCCCUCUCCUACCACCCAGGGCACAGUGCCAGAAAGGGCGGGUUGGAGAAGUAUGAAUCCGGGCCUGAGUAUGGGUGUGGUUGCAACUGGUGAGUCAAUAAUCAGUCCUUCCUCACCUCCUCCUCUCCCCUUGUUCACUGAGCUAAAGCUGCCAGAUCCCCUGGAGCAGUAUCUCAGGACAGACAAAGGAUCCUCACAGAGUAGUACUACACAGAGUACAAUGGCUAGCCCUGUAAUGGGCUUCGGUCACACUACUGGACUAAAGGGACUUACCUUAGGACUUCAUCCAGCCACCAACCACAUCCCACAGCCCCCUCUGAAUGGUCUUCCUGCAGCCAACCCCAAGAUUCCAGAAGUGAGAGGGUUCCACAAACGGCCUGGGAAGAUAGUGCUCCAUGAGCGGGCUCAGUUUGAAGGAGAGGCCUACGAGGUGUUUGGGGACGUAGAGGAUGCCUCCAUGAUGAAGCUGUCUCCUGUCAUCUCAGUCAGGGUCAUCAGGGGAUGCUGGCUGCUGUAUGAGAAGCCAAGGUUCCAGGGUCGGACCAUCGCCCUGGAGGAGGGGCCCAUGGAGCUGGUCAACGUGUGGGCAGAGGAGGUGACACCAGGGGCACUGGAUCACAUGGGUCUGCCUGUGCCAACCUCACCCAUGGUCAUCGGAUCUAUCCGCCUGGCAGUGAGGGACUACAGUCUACCUCGGAUUGACCUGUUCACUGAAGUGAAUGGUCUGGGGAGAAUGACAUCCUUCUGCGACGACACUAUUGAGAUCUGCUCUUAUGGGAACAUACAGAACACCGGCUCCAUCAAGGUCCACUCUGGAGUCUGGCUGGUGUAUGGUGACCCAGGGUUUGGGGGUCUCUUAUCGGUGUUGGAGGCGGGCGAGUACCCCUGUCCAGAGGCCUGGGCAUUCCCUCAGCCCUUCAUCGGAUCGCUGAAAACACUCAAAAUGGGUGGGAUAAAGGUGGAGCAUCCUAAUGAAGUAAAGGCUCUGGUGUACGAGAGGCCGUGCUUCGAGGGCGAGUGUGUGGAGAUUGACGAUGAUGUGUACGACUUCAGAGAGGGAGGAGAGGAAAAAGAGGGGCGGGUGGAGGAGGUGGUGGAGGAGGAGGCAGAAGGUAAUCCAGUCAGAAGGAAGACUUUGUGUUCUGUGGGAUCCAUCAAGAUCAUUCGUGGACUCUGGGUUGGCUAUGAUGAACCAGAGUUUGAAGGUCACCAGUAUCUCCUGGAGGAGGGGGAGUAUCCUGACUGGAGGGAGUGGGGAGGCUACGGAGACCAGCUCCUGUCACUUCGCCCUGUACGCACUGAUGUCCUGUCUCCCCAUGUGAAGUUGUUCAGUGAGAGGGACUUUGGGGAGAGAGGGGUCAACAUGGACCUGCUAGGGCCUGUCAUUAACAUGGAGGACACAGGCUUCGGCUCGAAGACACAGUCCAUCAAUGUCCAGGGUGGAGUGUGGGUUGCCUUUGAGAACCCUGGGUUCUCCGGAGAACUUUACAUUCUAGAGAAAGGCCUCUACGGAAGCCCAGAGGACUGGGGAGGACCGAACCUCAAGAUAUCCUCACUGCAGCCAGUCUUCCAGGAUAACCUGGGUGGAUCAAGCAAGUUCAGGCUCCAGCUGUUCUCAAAGCCUGGGUUCCAGGGCAGAGUGGUGGUACUGGAGGACAGUGUGGUAGCCCUGGAGGAAGACUUCUUCCCUGGCUCCUGUAGAGUACUGGCUGGGAGCUGGGUGGCGUAUGAAGGAUCCCAGUUCACAGAGCACAUGUAUGUCCUGGAGGAGGGAGACUACCCCAAUACCAAGUCCAUGGGCUGUCUGGGUCCUGACUCUACCAUCCGCUCCAUACAGACCAUCAGCCAUGAGUUCUCCCUCCCGUCCAUAACGUUGUUCAGUAAGGUUGGCUGUAGAGGCCGUAGGGUGGUGCUGACGGAAGGGGUGGUGAACCUGCAGCUGGCUGGGGUGGACGGACGCAUACGCUCCCUGGUUAUCGACGGAGGAAUGUGGGUGCUGUAUGAGGGCUGUCAUCACCGCGGCCGUCAGAUCCUGCUACCGCCCAGCAAACUGGGUGAUUGGUGCAAGUUCAGUAGCUGGCCGCGAAUCGGAUCCCUGCGACCACUAUUGCAGAAGCAGGUGUACUUCCGUCUGCGAAGCAGGGAGACGGGCUACGUGAUGUCCCUGUCAGGGCCUCUGGAUGACAUCAAGCUGUUGCGGGUCCAGGCCCUGGAGGAGACUGGGGGAGUGGACCAGGUCUGGCUCUUCCAUGACGGAGUCCUACGCUGCAAGCUGGUGGAGGACUGUUGCCUGCAGAUCACGGGGAGCGUUGUCAUGGCGGGCAGCAGGCUGAGUGUGUCUCCUCCGGAGCCAGGGAAAGACAACCAGCUGUGGAACAUUACCCCAGACGGCCUGGUCCGAUGCCACCUCAAACCUGAUCUGGUGCUUGAGGUUAAAGGUGGACAAAGUUAUGACAAAACUCAAGUGAUUCUCAACACAUUUGAUGAGAGAAAACACAACCAAAGAUGGUCUUUGGAGAUCCUGUAAUAUAGUGUCAAUAGGCCUGGCCCUUCUACAGCAGCUCUGCCGUGGGCUUCAGAACUCUCUGGUGCAGCUCUGUCGUGGGCCUCAGAGCUCUCUGGUGCAGCUAAGCCAAGUGUUUAAGAGCUUUCUUGCAUCAGAAGGCCAUGGGACUCAAAGCUCUGUGAUGCAGUUCCACCGUGGGACCCACACUCUUGUUUCUUUAUGCAGUUCCUACAAGGGCCUUAGUGCUCUGUGAUUUUAGUCUGCAGUGGGCCUCGAGAUAUUCUGAAACAUGUGUUGAGCUUGUGCGCAUCCAUACUAGGUUGUCUUUGUAAAACACAACUAUAAACUAGUAAACUACACAUUUCCAUGUCACUGCAACGAGAAAGAGACCAAACAACAUGUGGCUACAGAACUAUCUAUGGAACAAGGGCGGCAGGUAGCCUAGCGGUUAAGAGCAUUGGGCCUGUAACUGAAAGGUUGCUGAUUCGAAUACCCAAGCCGACUAGGUGAAAAAUGUUGAGGUGCCCUUGAGCAAGGCACUAAUUCCUCUGGAUAAGAGCAUCUGAUGAAUAACUUAAAAGUACAUUUAAGGAGCACUACAAUAUACAGUCAGGACUUGAAUGAUGCUUUACAAAUUCCACAAUUAAUUAUUUCAUUGACCAUACCAAAGAAAAACGGUAGUGGAAUAUGUGUGUGUCUCUACUAUAUUCAUAGCAUUUACAAUGAGUUAAGUGUGCUUCACCAGUCAACUACUGAAAUGUAUAUGUUUUCACACAAGGGUUAGUCUAUGAAGUCACACAUUCUUAAUGUCAUAGAUGAACACUCCUUGAAUUCUCCAAAGGUACGUUUUGAGUAGAUAUGUUGGUAACACUUGACACCCAGCGUCAUAACACAUUAUGACCCCAUAAAACAUACCAUGGUGGUUAUUUUAUGGCUGGUUAUGACACCUACAUAAGAGUGUCAAAACACAUAAAACCUACCAUGGUAGUUAUUUUAUGGAAGAUUAUGACAUGUAUAUAAGAGUGUCAAAUAACCCAAAAACUACCACACAAGGCAAAACAUUCCAUUACACCAUACCCUACUUGUCAACAGUGUGUUUGUUAUUCAUUUUUAAAUUGACCAUAUACAAUUAUCAUUGUAAUUGCACACACAUUGAUGUUAGACAUGCGCCUACCCCAAUGCUCUGUUUCUGAUGACUGGGAUAAAUGCAGGAGCAGAUUUUAGGAGCAGGACAAGACACCCUCUUUGUGACUGAUGACUGACAUAAGGGCAUGUGCGUGAUAGGCCUAUAUGGCUUAGAUGAUUAUGAUGGUAAUAAUGCUUCUUAACAGUGUCAUAAAAUGUAUUUUCUUAGUCCAAGUAAAGUGACAUAGGAUGGUCAUAAUGCAUUUGGACUGUUUCAUAAAGUGUAUUUUCUUAGUCCAAGUAAAGUGACAUAGGAUGGUCAUAAUGCAUUUGGACUGUUUCAUAAAGUGUAUUUUCUUAGUCCAAGUAAAGUGACAUAGGAUGGUCAUAAUGCAUUUGGACUGUUUCAUAAAGUGUAUUUUCUUAGUCCAAGUAAAGUGACAUAGGAUGGUCAUAAUGCAUUUGGACUGUUUCAUAAAGUGUAUUUUCUUAGUCCAAGUAAAGUGACAUAGGAUGGUCAUAAUGCAUUUGGACUGUUUCAUAAAGUGUAUUUUCUUAGUCCAAGUAAAGUGACAUAGGAUGGUCAUAAUGCUUUAUGAAAAGUUAUUUCAAAUAUUAUGAAAAAAAUUAAUGUAAAGUAUUCAUAA